CUGUUUCGUUUUCCUUACUCUCGGGGACCAAGCCGGCGUCAAUGCAAACGAGAAAAAUGCUUCGGAAUUUGCGGAAAUUCGCGAGGGAUAAUAGGUGGCUCCUACGAAAUGGAGCGCCCUUCUUCUCCACCAAGCGAGCGAGCAUGGCCCUGGAGAGCCCUCGCGGCCCCAAAGUCCAGGCGCUCUACGACCUCUGCCGGCAGACGUUCACCCCCUCGGGGACGACGCCUCUGUCUUCUCACUCCGUCCAGAAGCUCUCUUCCCUCUUGGACACAAUUGGCCCUGCUGAUGUUGGGCUCUCUGAGGAUGCUUUGGAGGAUGAUCAUGGGCAUGGUUUCUUUGGACUUAAUGGAUUAGACAGAGUCCCUCGCUGGGCUCAACCAAUAACAUAUAUCGAUAUACAUGAAUGUGAAAGUUUUACGAUGUGUAUAUUCUGUUUUCCUUCUUCUGCAGUCAUACCUCUUCAUGACCAUCCAGCCAUGACUGUUUUCAGCAAAGUUCUCUACGGCUCUUUGCAUGUUAAAGCAUAUGACUGGGUUGAGCCAGCCCGUGUCCUUAAUAAAAGGGGACCAGUGAGAUUGUCUAAGCUAGCUGUUGAUAAUGUCCUAACAGCACCAUGCCCUACGUCAGUUUUGUACCCUAAUACUGGCGGCAAUCUGCAUUGUUUUACUGCAAUCACGCCUUGUGCAAUGCUGGACAUUCUCUCUCCUCCUUACAGUGAAGAUGCUGGCCGAAGAUGUACAUACUAUUGCGACUAUCCCUAUUUCACCUUUGCAAAUAAAGAUGAGAAGAGUGAUGAGGAGGAAAACUACGCAUGGCUUGCUGAGACUGGUACACCAGAUGAUCUCUACAUGCGGCCCGGCAAAUAUAAUGGCCCUGCCAUUGAGAUUUAGCUCUCUUUAAAGAUACUUGCGAAGGAGGCACUUCUAAGCAGGUUAUUUCGAUAUGGAAUAAGUUUCAUCCUAUCAUCUAGUGGGUGCGGGAGGGGAGGGAACGUUCAGAGAAGAAUGGUGGUCCAAGUUGAUAAUCACCGGCUUGUGCCCGUGCAUCAACCAAUGAUUAGCCAUGGCGAGUAUGCGCGUAGUUGAGUACCUUGUACUGUAUGAGAUAAUUAUACCGCUCAAGAGCAAGUUGAUAAUCUGACCGAAUGACCAACUUUUGCAUCCUCAAAGUUAGAUUUAUCUUGCCAAAUCCAACUUUGAUCUGGAGCAAUUGCAUCACCAUGCUCCAACUGAUCCUCUGAAGGAAGGUGUGAACGUUCUCUGAUUUAUUUAGUCAUUUUUCUCUUGUACAAUGCCACAGGUUAUGUUCCUCAUAAAGCUCUAGCUGAUAUUUCUGACA